AUGUUGCAGAGGAAGUUCACUGAGGUGGUGGUUGUUCCCGAGGAGGAACUGGAGAGGAACCGGGCAGAGUGGCGGAGCACAACGGUACUAGUGCGAAGCCUGGGGAGAAGUGUCCCGGUGGAUUGGGUAGCGAGGGAGAUCAAGCGGGUGGGGCGUCUGGGCUAUGAGGUGGAGUGUUUUACGCUUAUGGACGGAUUCAUUGCCGUCCGGUUUGCAAAUGAAGGGGAUCGGGAGGCCGCGAUGGCGAAUGACCCGUGGAUGGUUGCCGGACAACUCCUUGCUAUGGAUUGGUGGCGCCCUAACUUCAUUCCUGGGGAGGAGGGUGUAGGAAGGGUGGUAGUAUGGCUCCGCUUGCCGCGGCUGCCAUUGGACUACUGGAAGAAGCCCACUAUCCUUCGAAUUGCAUCUAGUCCCGGGAUCCCGCUGGCUAAGGAUGGAGUCACAAAGCAGGGGCGGCGGUACGGCUUUGCCAGAGUUAAGAUCGAACUGGACUAUUCCGUCCCACUCAAGCCGGGCACUCUGGUGAGGGGAUGUUCGGAGGGGGCAGGGGAGCUCUUCUAG